ACAACGGCAUCGCAUCCGAGUAUUUUGUAUUUCUGUAUCAAAAUCAUCAGCUCCUACAUGUCCUGAGAAGAAGUAGUAUAAUACAUACUCCUAUCCACAGGCUGUAUCAAUAUAGCUUUCUUAAAGGACAAACAACUACUUAUCAACUAUACCAAUUUUUUGUUCAUCAUUCAGAGUGUCACCAUUGACAUCAUGACUGCAACCGCAACGUCAAACAGUCAAAAACUCAAGACAAAGCCCCGCGUGAGCCUGGGACUCUUGACAUUUGGCCCAGAAGGAUCAGAAACCUACGGAAGCCGUAUCACUUCUCUCGACACCUUCAACCAAUGCCUCGACUACCUGCAGUCUCGCGGGUACAAUGAAGUCGACACAGCCAGAACCUACGUCGGCGGUCAGCAAGAAGGAUGGACCAAGCGUACCAACUGGCGAGAGCGCAAUCUUACUCUUGCAACCAAGUGGUAUCCUUACAAGCCUGGCGAUCACUCCAAAGCCGUUGUCAAGGAAAACUUGAACAAGAGCCUCAGCGAACUUGGUUCCGAUAGCGUAGAUAUUUUCUACCUUCACGCACCUGAUCGAUUUGUUCCGUUUCAGGAGACACUUGAGGCUUGCAAUGAACUUUAUCAAGAGGGAAAGUUCAAGAAGCUGGGUUUGAGCAACUAUGCUGCUUGGGAAGUCGCUGAGCUUUGUACCAUUGCGGACCAGAAAGGCUGGGUCAAACCAAGCGUUUAUCAGGCUAUGUACAACUGCUUGACCCGCGCCAUCGAAGAAGAACUUGUUCCAUGCUGUCGCAAAUUCGGGAUGGAUAUUCUGGUCUAUAAUCCGUUGGCUGGUGGUGUACUCUCAGGUCGCUACAAAAGCAAAGAAAUUCCCGACGACGGCGGCCGAUAUUCUAGCCAGGACCCGGUGAUUGGGGCGAUGUAUCGUAAUAGAUACUUCAAAGAUGUCAACUUCGAGGCUUUGAAGGUGAUUCAACCAGUUGCUGAUAAGUUGGGUUUAACCCUGUUGGAGAUUGCGUUUAGAUGGCUUGUUCACCAUAGCAAGCUCAAGGUCAUGGAUGGCAACGAUGGUUUGGUUAUUGGUAUCAGCUCUCUGAGUCAGCUUGAGAGUAAUCUGGAUAAUGUCGAGAAGCGUCCGUUGCCAGAAGAGGUGCUGGAGGUAUUGGAUGAGGCAUGGAAGAUCACCAAGCCUUCUUGCUCCCUUUACUGGAGGUAGUCCUGUUAUUGUUCUCCCUCACGAAUUGACUCUGAUGGAUUGGAAGUUGUUUCAAACUGAUACGAUGUGACUUGAUAAUGAAUUCCGCUGGAUUGCUGAUUCUCCUUCAACUGCCUUGUUGCUUUGCCCUUUCUCUACCACUAAGAUCGCUCGUAUUGUUGUGUCUGACCAUGCGCUUUCGCCCCCACUAUUCCGAUUCCAGCACUAUGCUCAGCUGCCCAAUCAAGCCAAGCGUCAUAAUUAUCGUGU